UAUGAGAUUGAUGAAGACAGAAGUCACUACCACAGACUUCCUAGAAGAGGGAGAAACAGUUGAGAUGAGAUCCUCACGGGAUGAAGAUUCUAUGAGAUUGAUGAAGACAGAAGACACUACCACAGACUUCCUAAAAGAGGGAGAAACAGGUAUAUCUUUAAUGCUACUUGAAACAAACUAGAAAUGCAGAGAGGAGUUGUAAGACUCUACCUGAGUCUUAACUACUGGGAGACUUCUGUAAAUGGGACAUGAGACUGGAAAGAUUGAUGCAAAAGCAAGAAGCUUAUUAUUGUUCCAGUACACUGGAGUCAGCCUACAUUGGGGGAAGAGGGAACUGAGCUUUCCAUUAGUACAGUUUUUAUACAGUUUAUAAAGGACAAUUUCAGGUAUGGUGAUUGGGCAUACAAGCAUUGGUGGGCUCAACUGACCUUUAGGUUGCUGUGGACUCUGGCAGAGUCCUGGUCUUUGAUCUACAAUCCUGGUGCUUCUGUUAGAUAAGGUUGGGACAGCUCUUCUGGGAGAAAAGGGCUGCUUGGUGUCUGGUAAACACUUCAGGAGCUCUAGUCAGAUAAUAUUGGCACAUUACUUCCUCCAUGGGAGGGGCUGUUUGGCACUCUGAGGCUGGUGGAAAAUUACUAACCCUUUCCUUUCAGAGUGUUACCAUGGUCUCACAAAAGAGCAGAACCUCCUGCCAGUUAACCUGGCUAGGCCUGUCCCUGUAUAAGUGAAGAUGCUUGGAGGCUUGUGUUAAAUAGGUACUCUGUUGCUUACAUUGUGAGAGAGUGCUAUUGUGAUGGCUAAAAGUAUGUAUUAAGUUUUAACAACUUUGUCUCAAAGUAAAAAACAAAACAAAACAAAAACAAAAACAAAAAAUUCCCAGAAAGCCUAUAAAGCCCCUUGCUCGAGGAUGGAUAACUUCCUGAAAUGCUUCAAACUGCAUGCAAGAGAAGAAGAGAAUUGUUUUCAGUUCCUUGAAGAGAGCAUGUGAAUGGCAUUUAGAGUUUCUCAGCAGAAAACAGCUGCUCUGUGAUCAGAUCCUCCAAAUAAAGUGUGAAAUGCUCCAUGGAAAUUGUCUCAGAAUCUUCUCCCCUGAAUCUCCUGCUAAGCUUUACUGCUGUUAUGCAGUGAUCCUAGUCCUCACUGUAGCUGUAGUUGCUCUUUCUGUUGCUUUGUCAGUAAAAAAGACACCACAGAUCUCAAACAUAAAUGCCUACGCUGCUUGCCCAAGAAACUGGAUUGGAGUUGGAAAUAAAUGCUUUUAUUUUUCUGAAUAUGCAAGUAACUGGACAUUCAGCCAGGACUUCUGCAAGGCACAAGAGUCCCAACUAGCUCGAUUUGACAACCAGGAGGAGCUGAAUUUUGUGAAGAGAUACAAGGGGUCAUCUAACUACUGGAUUGGCUUGCACAGAGAGUCCUCAGAGCACCCUUGGAAGUGGACAGAUAACACUGAGUAUAACAACUUGGUUUCCAUCCGAGGAGAUGAACUACUUGGUUUCCUGAGUGACAGUGGGAUCAGCAGUAGCAGGAACUACAUAAAAAGGAAUUGGAUUUGUAGCAAGCCCAACAACUACACCUCACAGUGCAAGUAGUUUUGUAUCCUGGGUAGAGAGUAUAUCAUAGCAAUCAUGAGGAACAUAACAUCUUCUCUACAGUAGCUGCCUCAUUAACAAUCUGCUAAAAUAAUAAGUUCAUAAUGUGUGGUGACAUCAAAGAUGACAACUGUGGACAAGUUUGCUUUGGAGGUCAUAUCUUAAACAUAAACUAAAUCACAGCAGUAUUAGUAACCUCUACCUUUUUCUCUUUCUCUUUUAAAAAUUAUUUCAUUUAUUUAUAUUCCAAAUUCUGUCCCCUCCUGGCCCCCCUUCCAGAAUUCUUCACUUCAUACCCCUCCCAUUUACUUCUGAGGAGAUGUUCUCCCCCUAUUGUCCUAUGCCCACCCUACCCCACCCUGGGCAUUCCCUUUCUCUGGCUCAUUAGUUCUCUACUGGAUUAGGUGCAUCCUCUCCCACUGAGGACAGAUAAGGCAGUCCUCUGCUACAUAUGUCCUGGAGGCCAUGGACCAGCCAGGUACCUCUUUGGUUGGUAGCUUAGUCUCUGGGAGCUCCUAGGAUUCCAGGUUAGUUGGCACUGCUAUUCUUCCUAUGGAGUUGCCAUCUCUUCAGCUCUCUCAAUCCUUCCCCUAACUCUUCUAUAGGUGUCCCCAACCUCAGCCCAGUGAUUGCCUGUGAAUAUCUGCAUCUGUCUUAGUCAGCUGUUGGUAGAGCCUCAGAAGAUGCAUUGGUCUGGCUGUUACGAAGUCAAACAGUCCUCUGAGAGGGGAGUGAGGCUUAUUAUAGGAAAGACGAAAAAACAGAUGCAAUAAUGGGAGGGCUGCAGGUCAAUACCACUCCAGCCCUGAGUGUAUUUCUCACAGCCUUCUUUUUUUUUUUUUUUUUUGUUUUUGUUUUUGUUUUUGUUUUAGUUUUUGUUUUUGUUUUUUUUAUUUAUUUUUUAUUAACUUGAGUAUUUCUUAUAUACAUUUCGAGUGUUAUUCCCUUUCCCGGUUUCUGGGCAAACAUCCCCCUCCCCCCUCCCCUUCCUUAUGGAUGUUCCCCUCCCAACCCUCCCCCCAUUGCCGCCCUCCCCCCAUAGACUAGUUCACUGGGGGUUCAGUCUUAGCAGGACCCAGGGCUUCCCCUUCCACUGGUGCUCUUACUAGGAUAUUCAUUGCUACCUAUGGGGUCAGAGUCCAGGGUCAGUCCAUGUAUAGUCUUUAGGUAGUGGCUUAGUCCCUGGAAGCUCUGGUUGCUUGGCAUUGUUGUACCUUUGGGGUCUCGAGCCCCUUCAAGCUCUUCCAGUUCUUUCUCUGAUUCCUUCAAUAGGGGACCUAUUCUCAGUUCAGUGGUUUGCUGCUGGCAUUCGCCUCUAUAUUUUCUGUAUUCUGGCUGUGUCUCUCAGGAGCGAUCUACAUCCGGCUCCUGUCGGUCUGCACUUCUUUGCUUCAUCCAUCUUGUCUAAUUGGGUGGCUGUAUAUGUAUGGGCCACAUGUGGGGCAGGCUCUGAAUGGGUGUUCCUUCAGUCUCUGUUUUAAUCUUUGCCUCUCCCUUCCCUGCCAAGGGUAUUCUUUUUCCUCAUUUAAAGAAGGAGUGAAGCAUUCACAUUUUGAUCAUCUGUCUUGAGUUUCGUUUGUUCUAGGGAUCUAGGGUAAUUCGAGCAUUUGGGCUAAUAGCCACUUAUCAAUGAGUGCAUACCAUGUAUGUCUUUCUGUGAUUGGGUUAGCUCACUCAGGAUGAUAUUUUCCAGUUCCAACCAUUUGCCUACGAAUUUCAUAAACUCGUUGUUUUUGAUAGCUGAGUAAUAUCCAUUGUGUAGAUGUACCACAUUUUCUGUAUCCAUUCCUCUGUUGAAGGGCAUCUGGGUUCUUUCCAUUUUCUGGCUAUUAUAAAUAAGGCUGCGAUGAACAUAGUGGAGCACGUGUCUCUUUUAUAUGUUGAGGCAUCUUUUGGGUAUAUGCCCAAGAGAGGUAUAGCUGGAUCCUCAGGCAGUUCAAUGUCCAAUUUUCUGAGGAACCUCCAGACUGAUUUCCAGAAUGGUUUUACCAGUCUGCAAUCCCACCAACAAUGGAGGAGUGUUCCUCUUUCUCCACAUCCUCGCCAGCAUCUGCUGUCACCUGAGUUUUUGAUCUUAGCCAAUCGCACUGGUGUGAGGUGAAAUCUCAGGGUUGUUUUGAUUUGCAUUUCCCUUAUGACUAAAGAUGUUGAACAUUUCUUUAGGUGUUUCUCAGCCAUUCGGCAUUCCUCAGCUUCCUCACAGCCUUCUUAUAGUUGAAUAUUGUAUCUUUGAGUUUAUAUUCAGAAAACAACUAAAGGGAAAUUAAAAUUUUGAGCUUGUGAUUGAAUUGUAAACUGUCAAUGUUUUAUUAACUUAUCAGAAUUUCAUUGAUGAAUGUUAAAAUUGGGAACUUUGAACUAAUAAAAAGUGUGGGGGCAGAAUAUAAAACACCUUACUUACUCUCAUUUAAAAUAGAAUAUAAAACACCAUUUCUUACUCUCAUUUAAAAAAUCAUUUUUUACAUCUCUAUAACUUGCAAUUAUAUACCUCAAAAUAUUUUUGUAGCACCUCCAACAUUUAUUACUUGAAUUUACCAGCUUCCGUAGGGAAGAUGUUGGAACUUGAAUUUAUGUAACUCUAUUUUGACAUCAGUAAAAGCUGUGACGAUUCCUCUUAAAAGAAUAGGUGAUAGACUUUAGUGAAAAGGAUCAUAAAGCCACGUUCUGCUAUACCCAAUAUGGGGCUUAAUUAAGAGUCUCAUGCUCUAGCAACUGAGUUAGCUGAGCUCUUUUAUCAUCUGGUGGCAAAACGCAAACAUGUUUUCUUCCCUGUAUUAAUACCAGAUCAGUACCAUGUCAUAUGCCAAUAAGUGGAUCCUUUCCUUUCACCUGAGUAUAAGUAGCCUACUUGAAGGAUGCAAUAAACACUUAGCAACAAAGAAUCUGUUGGCAUCUAUUAAAAAUUCAAAAUAAAAGUGAAGGAGUAUACAACUUCCCUUUUUUAUUUUAAGCAACUGAUUUCAUGGAUUUGUUCCACAAUUUUCUGUCCUUGAGGAAAUGUGAACUUAUGCGUUUUAUAUAGAUUAUGACUCAUAUUUCAUAGAUUUAAAUUAUAUUUAAUUUAUAUUUUGAACACAUUUUAUAUUUAAUGUAUAUACUUUUCAUUUAAGUAUAUCAUCAUUUAAUGUAUAUUUUAUUUACUGUAUAUAAUGUAUACACUAAUGCAUAGGAUUCAUUCUUAGUGUAUAUAAUUGAUACUAAAUGUAUAAUUUCUAUUCACCUUGUAUACUUUAUAUUUAACAUAUAGUUUAGUUUUAAUAUGUACAACUUAUAUGCAUGCAUGUAUAUAUGUGAAUAUGUAUGUAGUCAUUAAGAUGGGUUAUCUUCUGAGGUUAUUUGAAUAAAGUAUACAUUUUACAAACAUG